UCUUUAAGUAGUUUAUGUAGCCGAAGAAGAUAAUCGAUGUCGAGGAUCAAUUUAAAAUACUUAAAUCAUAGUUACGUUAGCAAUGUAAUAAUAAAUUAUGAACUUUUCAAUAUACUUUGUAGGAUCUCUAAACAUUUUAUAACAUUUGCAAUUGAAAAUACAUUUGCCUGUUUGACUGAUGGAAAUUCCUGAGACUUGUCUACGGCUUUGAUAUAUCAGCCCUUUAACUGAAACUGAAAAUCGAAUGGAAGGCAUCCACAUAUUGAAACAUAAAUAUCAAAGUACGUACUCGAUCUGUGCUUCGUGUUAUCGUUUAUAUAUGAUUGUCAGCGAGUUAGUGUUCUGUCUGUUCGCGUAUCUGUCGAAACGUGCUACCAAAUGAUCGUUCUUAAACGUUUCAGCACCGUACAGUGACUGCACGUGUAUUGACAGAGUGAUUUCCGGAGAAGCAUCAAGUGUCAUUCAAUUAUCCGCGUCAUGGUUCACGUGAAAGAUUUAAAUGACAGUUAAUUACAGUUGCAGUCUAGCGCACUGAUGUGCAAUAAACUGUGUGUGAACCAGCUGACAAGUGUUUCUUCUUAAUCGAUAGAAUUACUGAGAAAACGUGUGAAGAACAAUAACAUUAUCUACGCGAUUGAUUAAGAUCAUUGAGUUGGAUGAAUCUCAGAUCAUUAAAAGAAACAAUCUCAUAAAAUAAACGUUUACGAGCGCAAAAAAAAUUUUAUCAGAACCAGUGGCAGUUCAGUGUGGCUUAUCAGUGUAAUCUACAUGCAAUUGUCUUCGAUAUUCCGAAGUUUAUACAAACUAGUUAAAAUUCUACUGUGCACACAUUUUAAAAUUAAUUACGUAGUUAACGACGACCUAGAAAAAAUACAAUUCAAUUACGUACUACAAAAUUUACGGUCGUCGUAACCGCAGUCAAUGCAAGCCACGUGUUAGGUGUUCCCCGAUAUUGCCGGGUGUGACGUCAUCGUAAAUCCCAUUCGAUCGGCGUAAUUGUACGCGUAGAAUACCAAUUGUUAAGAAAUUUCUUCGGGAAUGACCACUGGAUUAUCUGAAGGAUAUGCGUUCGCACACUAUGACACCAUGUAAUAAAAACUAAUCUUUCCUGCUGUAUUUACCCAAGUAUCGAUUCAAUUGGUUGAAUAAUAUUAAAUGAACGAUUCAUUCAUUAUUAAUAUUUGCAAACUCAUCCUCGAAAAAAGAUUUCCUGGUAAAGCGCAUCGUUUUUUAAACGCUGAACUAUGUGUCAGCGUAUAAUUAAAAGAAGAAUAGCGAUAAUCAAGAGGAUGUGAGUCUACGUUUCUGAACUCUCCGAAGAUAAAAUAAAAAAUUGAAUAAAACGGAUAUAUUAAUUCAGGUAAGUCACUCUCAGGCGUUAGUGAUCAUGUCUACCUGACUACGAAGAAAAACCUUAAAUGAAUUAAAUCUUUUUUUCAAACUCCUGUUAAUAUCCAAAUGAAUUCAAACGAAUCGAUUUAAAUUUUGAUCACGGAUAAAUACAAAUCACGUCGAAGGCAGUUAAGAAACCCUGGAUUUUAUGAGGUUCGUGCUAACAGAAAACGAGAAUAAAAAAUCAAAUUCUGCACAUGUUCUCGCGUAACAUUAAGAAUAUCCGAAUCGAACCAGAAUUCCUUUUUCCGAAGUACUGUUAUUGCGGAGAUAGGUAUAUCCAUACGUGCGUAACGCAUUAAUUGAAACUAUUAGAAGAGACGCCACGCCGCAGGCUCGGCAAGGGUCGCGGCUCGACUGCUACUCGCCCAGUGGAAUUUCCUCGAGCGAUGAUGCUGCGAAUCAAUAAAUGAUCUACGAUUAACGUCUAUUUGCGAUAAGACUCCCACCAUCGCCGUCUGAGAUAGCAGACGUACGUACGUCCGGACAGGAAAACGUCGUCGCAUCCAUCCAGACGAACAGUGGCUGAAUUGCCGAGAAACGACCUGAAGCCUGAGGUUUUAUCAGUCAACCACGACCGCGUGCAGCAAACAGUCGCGAGUACGCGCGACGGUGGUGACUUUCAAUCUCGACCAGUGCGAAAUACGUCGUGUGCCUCUAUACUCCGUACCCUCCUUUCUAUUUGCAAGUUUUUGUGCGAUUUCUCGUACGGAAUCCUCACAACGCUGGACCAAUCAUCGAUCAUAGUGGCCGAUUCGACGGAACGGCUCCUUCAUUUCGACUCGCAUAAAGCGGGCCGAGCGGAGUUCUUCACGAAAUCGACGGGAUCGGACAAGCGCAGACCAGAAGUGGCAGGGUUAAUCGAACAUCGGGGAACAAUAAACGACAUACCAGGAAACGUCGACACGCUGGCGCAAAUUCUUCAAUACAUCGUUACUACAUCAAGGCUGACCGAAAUAGGCAGGUCCGACGUGAAAGUAUCACAGGUCGAUCCCGGACUCUGCCAAUUUCGAAGGGGACACUACAAAAUCGCCCGGUACCAUCGAACUCGGUAUGGUCGUUUCUCCGGACUCGUCGACUGAGCCGACAUUGUUGCGCGUAAAUAAUAUAAAAUUAAACGAUUCUACGGAUCGCAGUGCGCAAUUAGGAAACAUGAAGGUGAAGGAUCAAGCGUUCACCAUAGAACGAGAGAACAUGUCGAACGGGAAGGAUAAUCUCGCGUUGGAUUUCGACUGCAUAGAGAAGGGUAACGAGAAGAACCCGUCGACCGGCAUUAAAGCGGAACCAGAGGUGUUGAAAAAAGUGGCGGCGGGUCUAAAGAACCCUAACAGCGAAAAGAACAAAACGGACAUGUCACUGCCCAAUCUUGGUGGUGGAUCAAUUUCCAGUGGAAGUUCCCUAGUGACGAUCUCUUCCAUCGAAAAUUCAGAUCCCGGUCCCGACUUUCAUAAUAAUCCGGCCGGAUUCAGCGGGGACAUCAACAGAAAUGAAAAAUGGUAUCAGACCACCCUGCAAGUUGCCGUGCCCUUCUUCAUCGCCGGGAUCGGUACAAUCGGGGCGGGCCUCGUUCUUGACAAUGUCAAGGACUGGGAAGUAUUCCAGGCCGUUUCUCAGUUAUUCAUCCUGGUGCCGUCGCUAUUGGGGCUGAAAGGCAAUCUAGACAUGUGCCUCGCCUCGCGCUUGUGCACGCAAGCGAAUCUCGGAAAUAUGCACGGUUUCCGGGAGAUCGCGAAGAUGAUUAUCGGUAAUAUCGCUUUAGUCCAGAUACAGGCGAUAGUCGCGGCGAUUUUAGUGUCGAUCUUUGCGAUCGUAGUCCACGCGAUAACCGAAGGUAGCGAAUACGUAUUUAAAUGGGAUAAUUGCCUGCUGUUAGCUGCCUCCAGCGUAUGCACUGCCACGAGUUCCUGCUUCAUUCUAGAUUUUGUAAUGAUCGCGGUUAUCAUGUUCUCGUAUCGAUGCAAAAUGAACCCCGACAACCUGGCUACGCCCUUGGCUGCUUCCUUCGGUGACGUCGUAUCACUCAGCGUGUUAUCGGUGAUCGCAUCGGCAUAUUUUACAAGAAUGAAAGAAGAACCGUGGCUUCUGUAUGUGGUACUCAGCUGUUACCUUGCGAUUUUACCGUUUUGGAUUUACGUGGUUCUCAAAAAUAAAUAUACCAGAAAUGUUUUAACGUCUGGUUGGACUCCUGUUUUAUCAGCUCUAUUUAUCAGCGGAUUCGGCGGUUUGGUUUUGGGUGAGGUUGUUGAUUCGUUCAAUGGAUUCGUGAUUUUCCAGCCCAUCAUAAACGGAAUCGGAGGGAAUUUGGUAUCGGUGCAAGCGUCUCGAAUCUCGACGACGUUGCACCAGACGUCGAUCAUGGGAAUAUUACCGCCGCACUCGAAAAUGUUCAUUGCCCCGUGGAAAGCGCUCUUUAAAGGCUCGCCGUACGCGAAAACAGCCCGAAUACUCAUUUGCAUGGCUAUCUUCGGCGAGUUGAUCUUCAUUUUCGUCGCGGAUUACAUCAAAAACGAAAUGUCCACAUUAAACCCUUAUUUCGUAACCUGUUACAUACUCAUGGCCGUUCUACAGGUCAUGCUACUGCUCUACGUAGCCCAUAUCAUUAUCCACGCUAUGUGGCGGUUUAAAAUCGACCCGGACAAUUCCGCUAUUCCGUACCUGACGGCUUUGGGCGAUCUUUCGGGAACGAUACUCCUAGCAGCGGCGUUCUGGUUCCUCAUAGAGAUACACAAGGAAUACGGCAAGUAAAUCGGAACGAUCAAAGUGGCGAGAUCGAUGAUACGAUAGGAGAUCGUAUGUCGAACUUCUCAUCGAGUGCACAAAUUUAAAUGACGCAUUAAAUAGCGUCGAUCUAAUAGUGUUCGAGAGGGAGAAGCAAACAGAGAGAAAGAUAAUUAAAAGUAUGAAUAGCUCGUGAAAACGAGUACGGCGUAUUAUUACGGUAUGAUCUGAUUGAUCCGGAACGGACACGAGAACAGGAUCGUUAUCCUCCAUUAAGGGGACAUCUUAAUGGUACGUUAGCCGCGUUAAUUAGUUGUAUCAUAGAGAUUGAACACGGAGAAUUAGAAAAAAAAUGUGUCACUGUUCUUGAAGUAGGUUCGGUAAUAAUAGAAAGAACAAAGUACAAUUAUAUUGAUUCGAACGCAACUGGAUCGAGCAAAACGCUCAGUUAUGAUGCAACACGUUAUGAUCUAAUAAUAAUCGUACAAUCGCAAUUACGUAAACCAAAAAAAAGUACUGUUAAACGAUAGAUAUGUUUAGUAACAAUUCUUAUAUAUUGUGGAAGGAAUUUACUCGUUUUUUAAUUUUCUACUUGUAUCAGACGGCAUUUACAGAAUUUUAAAUAAAUUAAUGUUUUCGCGUGCAUUUUAAUUUCGCCUUAGUCUAAUACAAGGAGAAGACCUAGUCAAUAUUUUAACAACAAUUGAUAAUUAUAAUAUAGAAUGAUUGUCUUCUAGGAAAUCUAAUUUGUAUAGUAGCACAUAAAUUUUAAAAAUAGGAAUUAAAUUUGCAGAACUGUAAGCGACUUAGAAUUACUCAAAACCUUUUAUUAAUUCGAAUAUACCAUUUUAUGCCAGUAAAACAAAAAUAUAGAUUGUAAAUAUUGUAUUAAAUAGAUUGUACAUACACACAAAAUGAAAAUAAUUUAAAUGAACGCUUCUUUAUGAGACAUGUGAGUAACAUAAGGUACAAUAACAUUAUAUAUUAUAUUUUUUGGUUCCUUGAAUAGUAUUGCAGCUAAUUCAUAAUCGUGAAUAGUUUUAUAUAGAUAAACUGUGAUUUAGAACAGUAUCUUCUAAAAUAUACAAGAUUUGUAUCCAUCAAUAAAACACUUUAACUUUUAA